AUGGUGGAGCAACAGCCGGCACCGGCGGGAAGGAGGCAACAGGUGGACCCUCAAGGUCAUCAGAUUGGGUGCCGGUGGGGAGAAAAGGAAAACCACCGAACCCCCAGGCAAAGAUCGCUGUGGGCCACCAUGGCGAGAUCACCAUUAACGGAUCUCGUUUCUCGAGUCUUCAAGAUCUGGACAAGGAAAGCGCCGAAUUGCCAUCAGUUCCUAGGAAUGUCGAAUUGUGAAAUGGUAAGUGAGGAGGGGGACACAUCUCAGCCAAAAUUACGGCCUAGGAAUGGUUGUUCCCUUGAACGACGACGUCACUCAACCAGCAAGGAAAUUGCAAGGGGGAGACAGGAACUACAUGUGGACUGCCCGGUUAACCCCACAGGCCUAACAGUGACUGUGAAGACACCGGAGAGGGUGGCUGAGCCAAUGCCAGAGGAUGCUACUGGAUUAGAAGAUAUAGUCAUAACGGAGGAACAACUUUGUGAAAUGGAGGAGGACACCGAGGCACUUUCGGUGGUCCAAAAAUAUCUGGACUGGAACUUCAAUACAUUUGGCAACAUAUACAAUAGAAAUAAGAGGGUAUUGGCACGCCUUGGGGGUAUUCAAAGAGCAAGGCAACAUUACACAAACUUGAAGCUACAGUGGCUGGAGGCAGAACUGUUGGCAGAAAUGGAUGAGAUUCUACAGCAAGAAGAACUGCUUCUCAUUCAAAAACGAGUCGGGAUUGGAUAUUCCAUGGAGACAAAAACACUAAAUGAUUGUGUAGGAAGUUUGUGGGGGGAAAGGGAUGAGGAGGCCAGGAAGAUGAGUGGGGUUGCGUGGGAAGAGGCUUGUGAACCCAAAGAAGGCCCAGAUGCUAUGAAGACUUUAAAUGGAUCUACCAUUUUCAAAUCCAUUAAGAAAGUUUGGAGUCCUUUGUUCGAAGAGGUUAGAUGGGCUAUCAAUAACGGGAAGAUCAUAAAAUUCUGGGAAGAUGCGUGGGUCGUGGGGUCAAAGCCUUUAAGGGAGAUGGCGUUAAGGCCCAUUCCUAGGGAGCAAUAUGGUAAGACAGUCGUUGAGUUUGUGAGCCCAGAGGGUCAAUGGGAUUGGUCCCAAUUUCAAUCAUGGCUUCCGGCGUCGACAAUAUUAAGGACUGCCGCAACGAUGCCACUGUCCCCUGCAAACAGUGAUGAUCGUCGAAUCUUGCCAGAGUCAGCAGAUGGAGGAUUCUCCACUAGAGUAGCGUAUCGAAGACUGGAAGACAUCCACAACGCCCCUCCACCCCACUGUGGAAAGCGAUUUGGAAUUGGCCGGGAUCGGAAAGACUCAAAACAUGCCUCUGGCUGGUGGCGAAAGGGAAACUGA